UCCCAACAUGGCGCCCCCAUGGCGGUUCCUCAAGUGACCUUCCCAACAUGACAGCCCCACGGCGGUGACUAAAGUGACCUUCCCAACAUGGCGCCCCUCACUUCCGCCCUUGCGGGGCAACCCCGCAGCGGAUAUAGCGGCUCCCGCUUCCGGUUUGGCCCCUUUUCGGUCGCGGCUGCGUGCACGCCAACAUGCCUUUGGCCAAGGACCUUCUGCACCCUUCCCCGGAGGAGGAGAAGCGCAAACACAAGAAGAAGCGGCUCGUCCAGAGCCCCAAUUCCUACUUCAUGGACGUCAAGUGCCCGGGUUGCUACAAGAUCACGACGGUGUUCAGCCACGCUCAGACCGUCGUUCUGUGCGUGGGUUGCUCCACCGUGUUGUGCCAACCCACGGGGGGCAAGGCCAGGCUGACAGAAGGUUGCUCCUUCAGACGAAAGCAGCACUAAGCCAAGGACGGACGCGUGACCACGGAAGGACCGACCAAGAUGUGACCGUUGUGCUGCCCCUGUCUGCCUGACAAUAAAUUUUGGAUAAAAUACGUGCGAUUUGA